GAGGGCGCAUCAUCUUUGUCGAUACUUCCCCUACCCUCCUUUUACAACUACGCAAAUAAGUAUACUUAUAUAUGUGCAUGUUGUGUGCCUCCUUUUUUGUCAAGUCGAAAAAACGUAGCAGCAACAAUGAAGGUGCUAGCCAUUGUCCUAUUUUUGUUCCUUGUCCUCUGUAAAAAAAGACCUGUUGUUGAUGGAGUCAUUCAGAAGCAGGAUGCGUACUUGGACGACGAGUUUAGGAGCUUCACGUAUUUUUUCGCCUCGUCCCCUUCGGCGAGCUUUCUGUCCCGGAUAGUCCAUAGCGAUGAGUCCAGAUUUACCCAAACGCAAAACAAAACAGACAUAUGGAGCAAAACGGUGGACAAGGCGUACUCGAUUAAUCAAACGACCUUCACCUUGUCAUCCAUAUGUGCGUACUUCACCCUUAUGGUGGUGUUUUUCUUGACCAACGGGAUUUUGAGCGUCGGGCUAGUCUGCUCGCUGCCGCUGGUGUUCGCAGUUUUCGCCUUCAAUUUAGUCUACUCAGAUUACAAAAUAAAAUCUCUGUCAAAUUUUACCCGCUAUAUAUUUUCCUUUAUUCUGUCCAAGUUUUUAUACGACAUUGUAACCCAUUUGGGGGGUGACAAGGCAAACGCUUUCGAUUACGGGUUCACUGGUUACCUGUACAUGUCUCUAUUGAAGGGAAACUACUACAUGGUCCUAAAGGCAGUGCACCUGCUUGUGCUUGGCGUAUUUGCGUUGAUCAUUAAGAAAUUGUUUCCCCGGAUUUUUGACGACAGCGAGUUGAAGAGUCCACAGAGCGUCCAAUCGGAUAAAUACAUCGUGUCCUUCCUGUGCGCGCUGCCCAUCGCCGCGUCCAUCACGCAGAUUUAUUGCUUAGCGAGCCAAGCGAUGAAUCCCAUAGACCCCAGCAUAUUUUUUAUGAUCCCCAGCUCAGUAAAUUUUUCCUCACUGAGCACAAUUUUUUCACUUUCGGUGUUGGUCAUCACAACGUACGUGCUAACUGUGCUCAGAAACCUCGUCGAGACAGGUACGGACGAAGAGAGAAGCAGAUGUUCAUUGGUUGGGUGCUCCGCAAAGUGA